CUUUACUCUAAACAAUAAUUGAAAUCGAUCUCAUUGUUCAUCCAAUUCGUCAACAUCUCUUGAUAAUUGAAAUAAUUUUCUCUUUGCAUCCAUUUCAUCUACAUCAAUACUAUAUUCUCUGCUAUUGCCAUAAACAAUAAACAAUGGCUGAAAUCGUUCUUUCUGCCUUGUUUACAUUAGUCUUUGAAAAGCUGACCUCUGAAGCCUUGAAGAAAAUCGCUCGCUCCAAGGGAAUUGAUUCAGAGCUUAAGAAAUUGAAGAAAACAUUAGACCAGAUCCAAGAUCUACUUAACGAUGCUUCUCAGAAGGAAGUAACUGAUGAAGCUGUUAAAAGAUGGCUGAUUGAUCUCCAACAAUUGGCUUACGACACUGAUGACCUACUUGAUGAUAUCGCAACAGAAGCUAUUCAUCGUGAGUUGACUGAGGAGGGUGGAGCCUCCUCCAGUAUGGUAAGAAAACUAAUCCCAAGUUGUUGCACAAGUUUCUCACAAAGUAAUAGGAUGCAUGCCAAGUUAGAUGAUAUUGCCACCAGGUUACAAGAACUGGUAGAGGCGAAAAAUAAUCUUGGUUUAAGUGUGAUAACAUAUGAAAAACCCAAAAUUGAAAGAGAUGAGGCGUCUUUGGUAGAUGCAAGUGGUGUCUUUGGACGUGAAGAUGAUAAGAAAAAAUUGCUUCAGAAGCUGUUGGGGGAUAAAGAUGAAUCAAGUAGUCAAAACUUCAGCAUUGUGCCCAUAGUUGGUAUGGGUGGGGUUGGUAAAACAACUCUAGCCAGACUUUUGUAUGACGAAAAGGAAGUGAAGGAUCACUUCGAACUCAGGGCUUGGGUUUGUGUUUCUGAUGAGUUUAAUGUCCUUAAUAUAAGCAAAGUUAUUUAUCAAUCAGUGACCGGUGAAAACAAGGAAUUUGCAGGUUUAAAUCUGCUUCAAGAAGCUCUUAGAGAGAAAUUUCAGAACAAACUAUUUCUAAUAGUUUUAGAUGACGUAUGGUCUGAAAGCUAUGGUGAUUGGGAAAAAUUGGUGGUCCCAUUUCUUGUGGGGGCGUCUGGAAGUAGAAUAAUCAUGACAACUCGGAAGGAGCAAUUGCUCAAACAGCUGAGUUUUUCUCAUCAAGACCCUCUGCAGCGUCUAUCACAAGACGAUUCUUUGUCUUUGUUUGCUCAACAUGCAUUGGGUGUAAAUAAAUUUGAUUCGCACCCAACACUAAGGCCAUAUGGGGAACAGUUUGUAAAAAAAUGUGGGGGCUUGCCUUUGGCUUUAAGAAUACUUGGGAGGUUAUUAAGGACAAAAACAGACGAGGAAGAAUGGAAAUAUCUGUUGGAUAGUGAGAUAUGGAAUUUAGGAAAUGGAGAUAAGAUUGUUCCUGUUCUUAGACUAAGCUACAAUGAUCUUUCUGCCACUUUGAAGUUGUUGUUUGGGUACUGCUCCUUGUUCCCCAAGGAUUAUGAGUUUGACAAAGAGGAGUUGGUUCUGCUGUGGAUGGCAGAAGGGUUUUUGCACCACUCUGAUGUAAGAAAGUCAAUGGAGCAGUGGGGUCACAAAUGUUUUGAAGAGUUGCUGUCAAGGUCAUUUUUUCAACAUGCUCCUAAUAACAAAUCGUUGUUUGUGAUGCAUGACCUCCUGAAUGACUUGGCCGCACUUGUUGCUGGAGAUUUUUUUUCAAGGUUAGAUAUUGAGAUGAACCAGGAAUUUAGGAAGGAAGUUUUGCAAAAACACCGACAUAUGUCACUUGUUUGUGAGGAUUACAUGGUGUACAAAAGGCUUAGUCCAUACAGAGGAGCUAAAAAUUUGAGAACAUUUAUAGCAUUGUCUGUUAGGGUGGUAGAAGAUCGGGUUAAAUUUAACUUAUCAAAUAAGGUCCUGAGUGACUUACUUCAGGAGUUACCAUUGUUAAGAGUCCUAAGUUUGAGUAAUCUUAGCAUAAGCGAGGUACCAGAAGUCAUCGGUAGUAUGAAGCACUUACGGUAUCUUAAUCUAUCUCGAACUUUAAUCACACGUUUACCGGAAAAUGUCUGCAAUCUUUAUAAUCUACAGUCACUGAUCGUUUCUGGCUGUAAUAGUUUUGAAAAGUUGCCCAAUAGCUUCUCAAAGCUUAAAAAUUUGCAGCAUUUUGACAUGAGAGAUACUCCUAAUUUGAAGAAGAUGCCCUUAGGGAUUGGUGAGUUGAAAAGCCUACAGACUUUCUCCAACAUCAUUAUUGGAGGUGAAUCCGGCUUUGCAAUAAAAGAGCUUAAGAAAUUGCAAAAUCUCCAUGGAAAAGUUUUUAUUGCAGGGCUGGGCAAUGUGCAGAAUGCAAUGGAUGCACGUGAGGCAAACUUAUCACAAAAGAGGUUUACUGAGUUAGAGUUGAAUUGGGGUUCUGAGUUUAAUGUUAUUAGGACGGAAUUACUUGAAAAAGAGAUCCUUAAUGAGCUUAUGCCUCAUAAUGGUACUCUAGAGAAACUCGGAAUUAUGUCAUAUAGGGGUACAGAGUUUCCAAAUUGGGUUGGGGAUCCCUCGUUUCUUCGGUUGACUAAAGUGUCGAUAGAUGGCUGUGAAGAAUGUACAUCUCUACCAAGACUUGGGCAACUGCCAUCAUUGAAGGAGCUGUUUAUUGGUAAGAUGAGUAAGGUGAAGGUUGUAGGUUUGGAGUUACUUGGAACCGGCCUUGCAUUUCCUUCACUUGAAAUCCUAAGGUUUGAUAGUAUGUCGGGGUGGGAGGAAUGGUCAACAAAUAGUGGGGCGUUUCAUUGCCUUCAAGAGCUUCGAAUUUUAGAUUGUCCUAAUCUGGUUCGGCUCUCCCUUAAAGCACUACCUUCACUAAGGGUUUUGAAACUAAGAAAAUGUGGUCAUGGUGUCUUGAAAAACCUUGUUGAUGUAGCUUCAACAAUCACCAAGUUGGAAAUAGAUGAUAUUUCAGGGCUUACUGAUGAACUGUGGAGAGGUGUUACAGAGUAUCUUGGGGCGGUAGAAGAAAUAAGUAUCCGUUCUUGUAAUGAAAUAAGAUAUUUGUGGGAAUCAGAAGCAGAGGCAAGUAAGGUUCUUAUGAAUUUAAAGAAUUUGGAUUUAUGUGAAUGUGAAAAUUUGAUGAGUUUAGGGGAGAAAGAAGAGGAUAAUAUUAAUAGUGGGAGCAGCCUAACAUCUUUUAGGAGGUUAGAAGUAUGGAAAUGUAACAACUUGGAGCAUUGCAGUUGUCCAGAUAGCAUGGAGGAAUUGACUAUUUGUCAUUGUGAUUCAAUUACAUCGGUCUCCUUCCCAACAGGAGGAGGGCAGAAGCUCAAGGAACUUCUCAUUACUGGUUGCAAGAAACUAUUGGAAAAGGAGUUGGGAGGAAGAGAGAAGACAGGGAUGCUUAUAGACUCAAAAAUGCGGAUGCUUCGAUCAGUACAUAUAUAUAAAUGGCCAACUCUGAAAUCGAUCACUGCGUUGGGUUACUUCAUUAACCUUGUCAGGUUGAUAAUAAUAGAGUGUCCAAGUAUGGAGUCAUUUCCUGACCAUGAGUUGCCAAAUCUCACCUCUUUAACAAAUAUCUGCAUAGAAAGGUGUACAAGUAUGGAUGCAUCCUUUCCUCGUGGGCUUUGGCCUCCCAAAUUGUGUUACCUGAGAAUAGGAAGGUUGAAGAAGCCCAUCUCAGAGUGGGGCCCACAGAAUUUUCCAACAUCACUUGUUAACCUAAUAUUACAAGCCGGACCAUAUGAUGACAUGAAAAAGUUUGAUCAAUUGUCACAUCUUCUUCCUUCAUCUCUUACUAUUUUUGGCAUAGAAGGAUUUGAGAAACUGGAAUCGGUUUCAACAGGACUCCAACACCUCACCUCCCUCCAACAUCUCUUCAUUGAGUACUGCCCGAAGAUGAAAGAUCUACCACAAAACUUGUUGCCUUUGCUUCUGGUAUUGUGGAUCUAUGAAUGCCCAAAUCUGAAAGAAAAGAGUAGCAAAGGAGGAUACUAUUGGCCCCAAAUCUCCCUUAUCCCCUGCUUCAACAGAUUACACUAAGGAGAUCUUACAAGUUUAAUUUGAAGCCAUGAAUUUUGAAAUGAAAGCAUCAAGAGGAAGUAAAAGAUCAAACUGAUGAUGGUUUACAAAGGAAGACAUUUAUAUGGUGCUGCUUCUAGUUUACAAGGUGAACGACUUUACUUUCCAACAAUCAUUCAUGGAAGUUAAGUGCAGAACUCCUGCUGAUGAUCUAAGCUGUGAAGCUUCAAUGAUUUUUACUUGAUUCAAACCAAAGAGAAAGAGAAGUGUAGGUUUUCAUGAAGUGACAUCCUGUGAGGCAUGGUUGUUUGUUUUGUAUAGGAAGACUAUGUUUGAAAGUUAGAUUAAAAACAUAACAAAAACAGAGAACUCCAUCUGCUGUUCCAAGAAGUUGAAAACAGAGUUCAUGACACUUUGACUUUCAUCAAGUGUUGUCACUUUGACUUUCAUUGACUGUUGUGAUUUUUCUUUAUUUGUUUGUAUAUUCUGUUUUCCACUGUAGAUUUUUGUGUAUUUUCUUGGGCAAAUUCCAUGGAACCCAUUUGUUGUUUGA